CACAAAGAUCUUAAUCCUGAUUGUUAUCAAAUAAUAUAUAUAUUUUUUUAUAUUUAAUAUUAAAAUUUUAAAAAUAAACUAAAAUGCCCCCCAAAGGAGGAAAGGGAGGCGGGAAGAAAGCGCCAGCCAUUGUCAUCGAUGGAGUGGACACGUCUGAGAUGACUCGAGAAAAACUCGAGCAAUUUACGUUACGAGUAAAAGAGGAAUUAGAUAAGGAAAGAGAGGAAAGAAAUUAUUUCCAAUUGGAGAGGGACAAAAUUCGUACUUUCUGGGAGAUCACAAGGCAACAGCUUGAUGAAGCCAAAGCGGAAUUAAGAAACAGAGAAAGAGCAACCGAGGAGGCUCAAGAAGAGAAUGAAGCACUGUUGGAAACUGAAAAGCAGAAAAUAAAGCAUCUGAAAUAUGAGCAACAAGCCGCUGCAGCUGCUUUACGGGCUGAAAAUUUAGUUGCACUUAAAGCGGCUAAAGAAGAACACACUGAACAAGAAUUGGAAUUAUUGAAUGACAAAAGGGCACUAAGACAAGAAAUGAGAGAGAAAAUACUAGCUUCCCAAGAUGAACUAAGAAGAGCUAAGCUUAUUCAUGCAGAAGAAUUAUCGAAAACGAGAGAAGUAUUUCAAGAGCGAGCAAGGCAAAUAGAAGAAAAAGCAGAUAAGAAACUUCAUGAGACUAAAAUUGAGUUAACUGUGAAGCACAGAACUGAAAUAGCGGAAGUCGAAGAAAGAAAAAAUAAACAAUUGUCUGAAUUAAUUGCUCAUCAUGAAAGGGCUUUUGCUGAUUUGAAAAAUUAUUACAAUGAUAUAACUUUAAAUAAUUUAGGUUUGAUAAGCAGUUUGAAACAGCAAAUGGAAGAAAUGCAAAAGAUAAAAGAACGAGCAGAGAAGGUAGCUAGAGAUGCAGUUGCAGAAACAAAGAGUCUGCGGGAGCCUCUAGAAGCUGCUAUCAUCGAUAACAAAGAACUGAAACGUCAGAUGUCUAACUAUGAUAGAGAUAAGGCGGCUCUAGCUGCAAAAACGAAGCAACUAACAUCACUUGAAAAGCAAUUCGAAGUACUGAAGUGGGAGUAUGAAGUGCUCCAAGUGCGGUUCGACCGAGUAGUGGCGGAGAGGGACGAACUGAAGACGAGGUUCUCCAGAGCGGUCCUGGAGGUGCAGCAGAAGGCAUCCCUGAAGACGGCGUUAUUGGAAGCGAAGUUGAAGAAUUUAGAAAACAGAGAUUUGGGGCCGAGGGAAAUCCAUGAAUUGCUGAAACUAAAAGACACACAAGUUGAAGAUUUAAGGUAUGAAGCUGCUCGUCUAAGAAAGGCCCAUGAUGAUCUUCUAGCUACUUAUGAAGCAAAACUUGCCAAACUUGGGAUACCAGCAGAAGAGCUUGGGUUCAAGCCGUUGAAAGCAGUUGCCGUGGCUGGCAUGUCUCCAGUCAUCGGGCAAGGACCUGCAGGCUUAGUCACCAAAGAUCCUUAAAAUCAGCAAGUUGUAUAAACCUAGGUACUCCACAUAAAUCAUUAAUACAUAUAUGGUUAUAUAUUUUGUAAAAUAAUCAAUAAAUUAA